UCCCUCCCAGCCUUUCCAGGUGUUGUGUGGUGGUCUAGAAUGUAGGGAUGAUCCCUGUGGGGCGACUGAAGGCUCAGCCACAGCUGUGGCAGAUAGAGAGAGAUGCCUCUCCAUGGCUGUGGAUGCUCCCUGGCCCUGGUUCUGCUGCUGCUGCUGCCUCGGGGCUCUGCCGGCUGGGUGCCAAUACAGCCCCUGUUGCCGCGCCACACCAUCACCACCCGUUCCUGCUCUCCCAUCACCACCCUCCUCCGUUGCUCCAAGCCGUCUCCAGCUGGCAGCUGUCCUGUGAUCCCUUCCUGCCUCUGGCCAGGAUACCGACACACACAGCAGCUAACCCUGGCAUCAGUCAGUUUCCCCUGCAGAACGUGCAGUGGGACCUGCCAUCUCCACACCACGUGCUGGGAUUUCAGCCUUCUGCCAACCUGGAGCUGGUCCCUGUGUUUCCCCAUCUGCACCGCUCAGUGCUGCCUCCUCACUGUGGCAAAGGAUGGGUGGAGAAACGAGUCCCCGACUACAAGGCAUACUUGAACAACACUCUAGCUCUGGAGAACACCUGGCUUACUCCGGAGAAAAUAGGAAUUUUCCAGCGGCACGAAAAACCAUUGCUGAUGACAAAUCAAAUGGCAAUGAGCAUAUCUAGGCCAGCUACUGCCUCCAGGAGUCUCAACUCUCUCCUCAUGUCACCCAGACCUGCUGCCUCCAGGAGUCUCAACUCUCUCCUCAUGUCACCCAGACCUGCUGCCUCCAGGAGUCUCAACUCUCUCCUCAUGUCACCCAGACCUGCUGCCUCCAGGAGUCUCAACUCUCUCCUCCUGUCACCCAGACGUAUAUCAGGUUGUCCUGUGGCUAUCAAGAGAGUGGGCAGGAACAAGAGGAUCUCUCUGGCAGCUGCCGCCAUGACAGCCUUGGAAUCAGACCCCUCCAGACUCCAAGGGCCUUCGCCCUCCUCCUGCUCUCCCUCGUUCAUCCAUCCCCUCCGCCUGUUCCAACUGUCACCUAUCAAGAUCCCCUUUCGCCUGUCUCCACCUGGCCCAGUUGAUCAGGCUGAUGAUUGUGGCCUGUGGAAUGUUAUCCCAAUCCUCUUCAAUGGCUGUGCGAAGUUGCUGGAUAUUGGCGGGAACUGGAACACGCUGUCGUACACGUCGAUCCAGAGCAUCCCAAACGUGCUCAAUGGAACAGUUGAAGCUUCAUCUGUGAAUAGCACACUUCUUCCAGUGGUGGCCGUCAAAGAUGAGCAUUUUCCCACUGAUGUCGGUUACGACGCCAAACUGCAGUGGAGUCCAGCCCCUGGUGAGAACGACAAGCAUGCAGAUUGUCGUUCUGAGACGGUUCCCUGA